ACGGGGUCGUUUUCGGAUGAGAAUACACAUCAAAACGAAGAAGACGAAGGAAGGAAGGAAGCAGGCUUACUACACACCACCAUUCCUUCCCUCAGUUCUCUCUUCAAUCUCCGACUCUAUCAAAUCUUCACCAAAUCUCUUCCAAAUUCUUCUCAGCUCAACAUUCCUUCUUCUCCAUUGCAUCUGUUGUUGUUUUGUUCGAGGAGAUUGGGCUGCUGCUCCUUUUUUUUUUUUUUUCGAGCUGUGAAGAAAUUGGUAUAGACUUGAAUAAGUGAAGUUGAUUAUCCCUUGAUGUUAUAAGUAAAAUGCUGCUUCGGAAUAUGACCUUAAAAUUUUUUCGGUGGAUGGUAAUGACCAGCUUUCAUUAAACUUAAGCUGAAAUGGAAGAAUCUACAUACUCCUAACAUAGUUUUAAAGAGACUCAAAUUGCCAAACCAGGCUUCUGCUUAUGCUUUAUCUUUGAAAGAGCAAUCCAAUGAGAACCAUUAAAGAUUUAUGAAAGCUUGAUUUUGAUUAAUUGCAAAUUCGAAUGUUCGUCUCCUAUUUUAGUUUGUGUCCAUUAUUUGGACAUUCAUAGUAUUGUUAGGCUCUUUUUCUCUUUGCUCUUGAUAAUAAGUGUUUGAAUUGAUCCCCAAGAUAUGUUGGAUGUGACCGUGCUGGUACCUCCUGUUAUCCAAAACUUAUAACCUUAUCUUUGUCAAUGAAAGAGACUUAUCAUUUUUAAUUAUUUGCUUGAUGCAGCUGAAAGAAUUCAUCAUAGUGUGGGGUGAUUCCAGUCUUCUUUAUGAUUUUACUGUAGUUCUAUCAUGUCGGUAUAUUGACCAAAGGAUAGUCUCCUUCCAGUUUAGGUUAAUUAUUGUAGGUUUAAGUUUUCUUUUAAACUUUUGUGACUUUGAAUUACCACUCAUUCUUAGUUGUCGAGGUUUUAUUUCACAUAGUUUCUAUCUUUCCUGUUAAGCCUUGUUGAUGCUUCCCAUUAUCUAAAUCUUGCUGAUGUUUUCAAUUUCAUGUAAAAUCAGAGUAGAUGAUUAUGAUUUGGAAGGUUAGUUGAUAGUGAAAAAAUUUUGAAUCGAACUCCAACCAGCAUUCUGAAUCCAUUCGCCUUGGUCGUUAUUUUUUGGGACUAUGGAUGAUGGCCGUCAACAUGAAAACGGGAGGCACAAACUAGAUUAUUUCCGAGGGAGUCCCUCACCAUGGAAUAUGGUGCCCCCAAAUCAUGUAAAGGAACCAAAUGCCUUGGUCAUGAAUAAGAAGAUCAUGUCCAUUAUAGCCGAGCGAGAUGCUGCUAUUCGGGAACGGAAUUUAGCACUAUCUGAGAAGAAGGAUGCAUUGGCUGCACGAGAUGAGGCUCUCCGGCAGCGUGAUGAGGCACUUGUACAGCGUGAUUCUGCAUUGAUGGAAAGGGACAAUGCCCUUGCUGCUCUUGAAAUUCGUGAUAAUGCUUCUAACUUCCCUCUUGGUGGUGGGGUACAACGCAAAACAAAGCGAUUACACCAUUUAUCUAAUCAUAUGCCGAACAUAUCGGAAACUUCCUAUGGUACAAAAGACGUGCAUAUAACUGAUGCCUUUCCAAUUACAGUUAUAGCUUCUGAAGCUGUUAAGUCUCAGCAGGGAAAGCGAGCGAAGGAUAACAAGUUAGUUUCAUCAAAGACAUCAAAGCCGCCAAGGAAGAAGGUUGGCGAAGAUUUGAAUAGACACGCUGCCACUGAUGGUACAAAAUACAGAACUGAUUGGGAUGGUCAGGACGUGGGUUUGAAUCUUGUAAGUUUUGAUGAUUCUUCUAUGCCAGCACCAAUUUGUUCCUGUACUGGGUUUGCAAGACAGUGCUACAAAUGGGGAAAUGGGGGUUGGCAAUCGUCGUGUUGUACCACCCAUAUGUCCAUGUAUCCACUUCCACAUUUGGAAAAUAAACGCCAUGCUCGAAUGGGUGGGCGGAAAAUGAGUGGAAGUGUUUUUACAAAAUUGCUUAGUCGGCUAGCAGCAGCAGGUCAUGAUCUGUCAGUACCAGUGGAUCUUAAGGACCACUGGGCAAGACACGGUACAAAUCGCUACAUAACAAUCAGGUAGCUAGGAAGUAACUUCAAGAGGAGUAGAACAUUUUGCAGAGGUCCUUGGGUCGUCUCGAUCGCAGCUUUAAUGUUUCAGUAGUUAACAUGCCUCAACUGGAGUGAUUCUACAUUAGGUAGAGCUCUUCCCUUUUAUUGGUUUAGGCAUUGUGAUUAAGAUUGAACCUGAAUGGACCACCGUAGAUUGGGGAUAUGUUUGUAGAGUAUGGCCAUAAGAAUUCGGCAGUCUUUUGUGCAAAUUUCUGUUUUCCCAUUGCCAAAUUCCCCCAUUAGAAUUUCAGAGAAAACUGUAGAAUGUAGAAUCAAGAAUGAAGCUGAUUUUAUUUGAUUGUUGUA